AGCGCCACCUACUCAUGCCAUGCAUUCUAACAUCUGCGAUGGGCCAACGGCCUUCCAGCACCGUCACUCUACCAUCUUCACCGCCCACCGCCACCCCCGACCACAAACACUUAUUCCCCCUCCACCAUUUUUUGACGUUCGGUGGGCGUGGUACUCGCUUGCCACGCCCACAACAGCCCAUCCGUUUCCAGUACCGCAAGACGAAGAGGCGGGGCCUGUUGCCACAGCAACCGAACAAAAAUGUGGAGGGGCGGGGCGUGUCGUCCCAGCAACAGAAUAACAAUCUGGAGGGGCGGUGCAGUAAUCAGAAGGUAGGGGAAUGUGGUGGAGAGAAUAGGCAGGGAUGUGGGCUGACGACCGGUGGGAUUAUUGGAAAUGUGCAGUUGAACAACCUCAACACACCAACCAUCAAAAACAAUAACGUAGAAGCCAAAUCUAAGCAAACCAAUGUUCCUAUGAGGACGAAGUCUGAGCCAAAUUUGGCUUUGGACAGAAACAGAGAAAAGCAUAGGCAUAGAAGGAAGAGUAGCUCAAAAUUUAGGAACGAGUGGAAUGAUGGGGAGACCAGGCAACUAAAGGCUCAGAAGCAACAAUUUGGAUAUGAUAUUCAUGACGUGGAUGCUUUUUUAACAAGGGCCAGUCUAGAGAAACCAGCCAACAUUCCAGUGGUUUUGGCAUUGCCAAGCGUCUUGUACCAGACGCGACCUGGAGGGUACCAAGCUGAAAUGGGCCUGCCCUUGGGAACCGUAGUCAACGCAGUUUUCAAAAAUAGGAAAUGGCUGUAUGUCCAAACCCCUCAUGGGAAUGAAGGCUACGUUAGAUAUGCCGCAUGUCUACCACUAGGUAUUAUCCCAGCGGAAGCAGAAUCUGGAGGUGACCCGACACCAUGCUGGGAGAAGUGUACUGACGUAUACCCAAAACCUUCAGGAAACAUGACAGACACCGAAAAACUGAGCUCUAAGUCAGACUGCGAAUCCAGAGGUUGGUGUAGGAAUAGAUCCAGAGAUGUUGCCAGUGCAUGUGGGGAGAAAAGCGUUGAUAGAUUGUACCUACGAGCCGCGGCCAUUUCCAAAUCCAGAGGCGUUCGUCAAACGUUGUUGGUGAUAACAACAGACUUCGAAGGAAGUGGAGGAAACGAGAUACGAGUCAAAAAAGGGGAUGUAGUGUUUCUGUUGGAUGCAAAUAUCAGGGGGUGGUUUUACGUGAGAACUAAGGAGGGUAGUGAAGGUUAUAUUCCUACUGAAACGGCUGGACAUGGAUUUUUGUGAUAUACAGGAUGAUACACAAUCUUAUCAGGGAAAUCAAACGGCAAAUUCAGUACGUUAAAAUAUGAAAAAGUUACAUUAACAUUAAGGCCUACUGGUCUUCUAAAAUAAAUAAAUUUACUUGGCUCCUGAUAGUGUUUUGACGUUACCACGACAAAUACUAGUUGCCUAUGAUUCAGGCUUUGUAACAGCAACGGAAUGAUAACCAACAAAAUAACUCAGCUGCUGAGAAGAGCGGGUAUGGGCACAUAUACAUCUUAUGGAAAUGUUCAACUUGUGACAUGGGACUUUGUAUCAAGCACAACAAAUGUUGUUUUAUUGAACUCUGUCAAAUGAUGGGACGUUUUAGCUGGUUACUCAUUUCAAAGCUAACAAUGUUAUCAUAACUCAUUUAUAUCUCGGUGUAACAUAAGUAUAGUUAAAAAAUAAUAUUUAUUUUGCCAUAUAUUGGUAUAAGCUAGUGUCCUGAACAGAGCAUACCCUCCAGGAUAACAAUCAUACAUAUGUGUAUUCACUAUGUUGCAAGGAGUAUUACGCGACUGAGGCAUCACAUGGCGAGUGAAUAACAGGAACUGCUUAGUGUUACCUGUCGAGAAUAUCUUAACCCUUAAUCAUUGGGAAUGUUGUCUGAUCUGGCAAAUAGGCAGUGUUGCAAUUUAUACCAGUUAUGAUGACUGGCUAUGUAAUACUGGUGAUAAUAAUCAUUGAUUAAAGUAUUCUACCUGAACAUAGCUAACCUAAUGCUAUAUUCCCGCAUCCAUACAAUUAUCCGAGAUACAAUGAGAUACCGUAGCGUCAUCCAUGAUAAUUUGUCACAACUGUUUUUCUGUCUACUGUAUAUACUGUGAAGAGGUUAGUCUCUCACAGAUGGCGCUGUCACCACCUAUAAGUUUGUAUAUUUUCAUAUAGACAACGCCAUCUAUAAGACACUAAACUUUUCAGAGUAUAUACCUAGUGUUUCAAAUUCGACUCUCACCAUUGGCAUCUCAGAAACGGUAAGAGAUGCUCAGUCGUUAAAAUGUGGCUAAAGUUGCGCACUUAGGCAAUUAAUAAAGAGGUACUUGGAAAGUUUCGUAAUUUUUAGUAGACAAAAAGAAAACAGAAUUUUUGGAAAAAUCAUCAACAUUGCCACUUUUCCUCCUCUACAAUCAUCAACUUUAUUUUUUCUUAUAGACGCCAUAUCGCCAUUUUUGGCCAGAUAAAAAGAGCUUUUAAUUUUAACUCUGAAAAGGGAAAAAUAUGUCAUACAUGGUGUGUGUCAAACCUACUCCACUAAACAAGAAAUAUUUCAGUGUAAGUUGCAUGUUACGUUGUCUGCAAGCAACAUUAACAUUGCUGUUACAUCACAGUUGCAUCCAUUGUCCCUUUCAUUAACGUUAGCGGAGUUACAGUAACUAAGAGGACGUUAGUACUACGAAGUAAACUUGUUGAAGGAAUAACAUUACCUCACUGUUUCAGAAUUUACUCUAUGUUUCGUAUUGUUAAUGUAACUUUUAUGUAGCUACUCUGUAACUAUAAUUUUAAAUAUGUUCGUUUUACACUUUACAUUAAUAUUACAAAUUUCAUAACUGGCCACCAAAAUAAAAAACACCACGACUAUUAAAUAAACAAAUAACAAAUUUACUGAUGUAUCGUUUAAACUUGGAGGCAUUUAAGUACAUAGAUUGAAUAAAACAUUGCCAUUGAAAUUGAUAUGAAGUUUGUGUACCAGUUAGAGACAUAUUGUCAAAAGGUAUCACAAUGAAUUUUUCUUCGAUUAAAUAUUGUGUUCUUAAAACCAACAAUAUUCUUACAUUUCAAAAACAGUAUUAUUAUUUGUGAAGGAAAAUGGAUGGUAGAAUACUAACUCAGUUUAGUAAUCCAUAUUCAUUACCUUAUUGGUACCUAUACUCUUUUUUUCCUUGGUUUGUGAGUUCGAAGGCUUUAUCAGUUGCAGAGGGGAACACCCUUUUAACACUAUCUGAAAGCAUAUUUUUGAAUAAUUCUACAUCAUCGACACCUGAGAUUUUAAAAUGUUUCAAAAAAAUGUUUUGUAGAAUAUGUUUUCCCUGGUUUUCGUAAUUUCUAAAACAAAUCAGUUAUUAUAGCAAAUAGUAUGGAAUUUCAGUAUAUUUAUGCAUAGCACUUGAGGGGCCAUUAUUCAAUAUGCGCAAUAAAAUUUUAAAGAAUAUUACCUAUCAUCGUUCUUCAAACAUAACUUAUUAUCUACAUUACUUUUUCCUGUUGUGUAUUGUCCAUUUUUGAAUCAGAACUACAAACGUGUGUCUUUUGUAGUCGGUGGUCCGGUAAAAUCGAAAAUCAAAAUCACAGCUUGCACACGUUAACACCAUGUAAAAAGAGAAAGUUAAGAUGGCCUUCCAUAACUGAUGUAAACAAUUAUGUUCAUUCGUCACAUGGUUGUUCCGAUGUACUAACGUAUAUCUAAAUAGUAAUACAAUCACGUUACCAGUUUACAGAGUAGUAACAUUUAUGUUACAUCACUUGGCAGUAUGAUCGGAAACAUCAAGCUAACAAAAAUAAAUUGUAUCAGAUAUGUUGCAUGCUACAUCUACACACACAUUGCUUCUCCUACAUGGAUAAUCACAAUACGUUAUUACGAUUAAAUCACCAAUGCACCAGUUUUUGAGAAGCACAUUUGAGAGACACGCAGGAAUAAUAAAAACGUUUUUGGGGAAGUUCGGUUUAUUUUGUCUAUCACCGGAAAUAGCAGGAAGUGUGAAACUUUUCAUGUACCAUUUUCUUAGUUACCUAAAUGCGCAACUUUGCCUCCAUGUAACUUAACUUCGCAUCUGCUCUUACCGUUUCCGAGAUCCCAAUGGCGAGAGUCGAAUUUGAAACACCCGGUAUAGUGCAUAGAGAAACGGCUGGGACCGAUGCUCAUAGAUGACGCUACCGGUAACUCAUUUUACCUGGCGUUUUGAUCAGCAAGUCUCUAUUCUAUGUUACGCGAAAUAAUGGUACCUACGUUACCAGUUUUUGCAAAACAUAAUGUCUUAAAAGCUGCAAUUAAAAACUGCCUCUUGGAGCUUCUCGUUGAGAAGUGUCGUUUUGGAAAUAAAAAUUGUUUCAGUAAAAGUCGAAAAAUAGAAAUUGAUCUGGUACUUUCUUAGUAAACAUAUCAACGAACAUCUCGGAGAGACACUUUUUAAAAGAAUCAAUAUGGCUUUGAGCAAACGACAUUUUUUUGCAUAAACCAGUGCCAGUGGUGUAAAAUUUUUCGCUGUCAUGGCAACGUGGAAUUUCCUGAUUGAUUUCAUAUUUUUACGUGCUGACUGUUCUUAAAUUGUAAUGCUGAUUUGUAAAUUGUUUCAAUUUCAGUAGUAUAACUUGUAAAGAUAUUUAUUUUCGAUAAAUUUAUGUGUAGAUUUAUAUUUUAUUAAUAAAUAUACG